AUGGAUAAAUUUAAGGCUGCACUCGUGCUGGCUGGGGUGGGGGAUGCUCUGGGGUACCGCAACUUCUCCCGGGAGAAUAACGCCUUGGGUGCAAAGAUCCAGCAGGAGCUGAAGGAAAUUGGAGGGCUUGAGAACCUGGUGCUGUCCCCAGACAAGUGGCCAGUAAGUGACAACACGCUCAUGCACAUGGCUACAGCAGAGGCUGUCAUCACAGAUUACUGGUGUCUGGAAGACCUGUACCGGGAGCUGGUGAGACGCUACGUGGACGCCCUGGAGAGGCUGCCAGGGAGGCGCCCGGACCCCGCCACCCUGGAGGGCUGCAGGGAGCUGAAACCAGACAACUACCUGCUUGCCUGGCACACCCCCUUCAACGAAAAGGGGUCUGGCUUUGGAGCAUCCACCAAAGCCAUGUGUUUAGGGAUGAGGUACUGGAAGCCAGAGAGGCUGGAGGCACUGAUUGAAGUGAGCAUCGAGUGUGGAAGGAUGACCCACAACCAUCCCACAGGCUUUCUGGGGUCCCUCUGCACGGCUCUCUUCGUGGCCUACGCCAUCCAAGGGAAACCCCUCGUGCAGUGGGGGAGGGAGAUGAUGAAGGUCGUGCCCAUGGCUGAAGAAUACUGCAAGAAAACCAUUCGCCACAUGGCAG